UGCUCCUGGCCAGUUUUCUAAGCUAAGCGUCAUAUGAUGGCUGACUACUGCUGACACGAAAGUCUCGAAACAGAAAGUUUAUAGUAUGUGCAUAAGCGCGUAAUAAAUCCAGUUUAAAAAAAUGGGUAUUUUUAUUCUCAUGCGAUUAAUUUUCACUUUUUUGUGUGAGUUUUUUUUAUUUACAUUUCAAAUAUAUGUUACUCUUAAGAAAUGGGAAUAACGAAAAAUUCGAAAGUCGUUUUCUCAAACAUUUUUAGCAAUAUAACUAAAAAAUUUUUAUUAAAUUUACAAAAUAUGACUCUUUGUAAAUAUCUCAAAAACAACGAAUAUUGAACGAAAGAUAGCAAGAUUAUUGACUUUCAUUUCAUAUAUUACAUAGAUAUUAGAUAUUUAAUGAUCGACCUUUUUUCUCUUAUCAAAAAUCGUUUUUCGGCGAUAUCUCAAAAACUACAAGUAGGAUAAAUAAGUAUUAUUUUUAGUGUUGUCAAAAUUAAUACCUUACAAAAACCACUAAAAAUAUCUCGGCACCAAAAACUUUUUCAAAAAUUGUUGACCUGUGUAAUCAGUUUAAAAUUUUCUUAAAAUUUUGGUAAAAAGUGGAAUUCUGGAAACAAAUGUAUAAAAAAUAGCACAAAAAGCUAAAACAAAAUCAUAAUAAGGGAGAAAAACUCACUCAAAUAACUCUCUCACGAAAAAGUUCCCAACCAGCAACAAAAAUUCUUCAAUACACCACCAACAGCAAAAAUGAGUCAAUCAUGCCUACCAGUCAAUGCCAAAAUGUCGAAGGCAAAGAAAGUGUUGGAUGAAGCGCGUGAAACGCAGAAUCGUGAGCUCGAUUUGGUCGACAAAGGCAUAAGCUCCUUCGAGGAGUUACCUGGAUUGUUCAACAUGUCCUACAUCACACGGCUCACUUUGAGUCACAACAAGAUAACCAUGAUCAGUCCGGGUAUAGCCAACCUGCUCAACUUGGAGAUAUUAAAUCUAUCCAACAAUGGUUUACGUGAACUGCCAGUUUCGCUUUCAUCAAUGCCUAAACUGCGUAUCCUGAAUGUUUCGCUGAAUCGUUUAGAUAGCCUGCCACGUGGAUUCGGUGCAUUUCCGGUAUUGGAGGUGCUCGACCUCUCCUACAAUAAUCUCAAUGAAAACGUGCUGCCCGGUAACUUCUUCAUGAUCGAAACACUUCGAGCACUCUACUUGGGCGACAAUGAUUUCGAGCAUAUCCCAAAAGAAUUGGGAAAUUUAAAAAAUUUGCAAAUACUCGGAUUACGUGACAAUGAUUUGCUCGAUUUGCCGCGUGAAAUUGGCGAGUUGACUCGUCUGCGGGAGCUGCACAUACAAAACAACCGCCUCCAGGUUUUGCCACCCGAAGUGGGUAAUCUCGAUUUGUUGGGCAGCAAGUCGGUGAUGAAGAUGGAGGAAAAUCCAUGGGUGGUGCCGAUACAGGAGCAAUAUUUGCUGGGCAUUAGUCACGUCAUCGAGUAUAUAAAAACUGAGACGUACAAAAUACUCUAUAAUCGCCACAUAAAAAGUGACCGUGGACCGCCACCACCAAAGGCUGAUAAAAGCAAGAAGGCGUCCCGCAUACGCGCAUGAGCUGACUCACCCUCAAAUUUGCCAAACCGAUGUGCCUUUCUGAGCCAAGCUUAAUGCAAGCAAAUUGAAUGCUUUUUAAUUGUAUUAACAAUUAGGGCCGGUAACUCAAUGUCUGGUUAACCCUAACUGCAGGUUAAACUAUUUUAUCGACGUGAUCGCCAGGGAGUCGAUAAUGUCGGAAACGGUGUUUAAGCUGUAGUUAGUGUAAACCAGACAUUGCGUAACCGGCCUUUAGUGCUUUGUAAUUGUAUGAAUUUUUCUCUUUGUAUAAACUUUGACAUGCAUACUUACAUUCAACACACAUAUAUUCUUUUGUACUACUAAUCUUAAGUGAAUAUUAAAUUAUUUUGAAACCACAACAAAAAAUCCGUGUUUAUAGGUUCUAUGGAAUCGUAAGUAACGUAUUUUUAAAUUAUUUAUGCAAAAAAAAUUGUAAUUUUGUGAUUUAAUAUGCCAAUGAACAAUGGAAUGCCUGGAGAUAAGCUGAACCAAAAAUUGUACAAAUGUUACGAUUUUCUGAGAUUUUACAUGCGCUAUAUUCCUACUUAGGAAAGAAUAAAUAAAUUUAGAAUUGUAUACUUUUUAGUUAAGUAUUCCUGUUUUUGUUCUUCAUUGGCGCUAUAACCGCACAAGCGAUUUUGACCGAGUUCAACAAAGCACGCCA